UGCCUCCUCCACACCCCACCCGCCGCGCCGCGCCGCGCCGCGCGGUCUUCGAGCCCAGCUCAGCGCUUGCGCUCCCCUCGCCUCCUGUGUUUCCCCCGCAGCGGCGAUGCCAGGGCCCUCGCCAGGGCUGCGCCGGGCUCUGCUCGGCCUCUGGGCUGCCUUGGGCCUGGCGUUCUUCGGCUUCUCAGCGGUCGCGCAGGAGCCCUUCUGGGCGGACCUACAGCCCCGCGUGGCGCUUGUGGAGCGCGGGGGAUCGCUGUGGCUGAAUUGCAGCACCAACUGCCCACGGCCCGAGCGCGGUGGCCUGGAGACCUCGCUACGCCGGAAUGGGACCCAGAGGGGUUUGCGCUGGCUGGCGCGGCAGCUGGUAGACAUCCGCGAGCCAGAGACUCAGCCUGUCUGCUUCUUCCGCUGCGCGCGGCGCACACUGCAGGCGCGUGGGCUCAUUCGCACUUUUCAGCGGCCGGAUCGCGUAGAGCUGGUGCCUCUGCCUACCUGGCAGCCUGUGGGCGAGAACUUCACCCUGAGCUGUAGGGUCCCUGGUGCUGGGCCUCGUGCGAGCCUCACAUUGACCCUCCUGCGGGGCGCCCAGGAGCUGAUCCGCCGCAGCUUUGCCGGGGAGCCACCCCGAGCGCGUGGCGCGGUGCUGACGGCCACUGUCCUGGCGCGGAGGGAGGACCAUGGGGCCAAUUUCUCUUGCCGCGCGGAACUGGACCUUCGACCUCACGGCCUGGGGCUGUUUGAAAACAGCUCGGUCCCCAGAGAGCUCCGAACCUUCGCACUGUCUCCAGACCUCCCACGCCUCACUGCCCCCCGGCUCUUGGAAGUGGGCUCCGAAAGACUCGUGAACUGCGUCCUGGAUGGGCUGUUUCCAGCGUCGGAGGCCGGUGUCUACCUGGCGCUGGGGGACCAGAGGCUGAGUCCUGAUAUCACCCUCGAGGGGGAAGCGCUCAUGGCCACUGCCACAGCCACAGCUAGCGCAGAGCAGGAGGGCGCCAGUCAGCUGGUCUGCAUCGUGACCCUGGGGGGCGAGAGCCGCGAGACCCGGGAGAACGUGACUGUCUACAGCUUCCCGGCGCCCCUCCUGACCCUGAGCGAGCCUAGUGUCCCCGAGGGGAAGAUGGUGACAAUAACUUGUGCGGCGGGCGCCCGAGCUCUGGUCACACUGGACGGAGUUCCAGCCGCGGUCCCCGGGCGGCCAGCCCAGCUCCAGCUAAACGCCACACAGAACGACGACAGACGCGGCUUCUUCUGCGACGCCACCCUCGAGGUGAAUGGGGAGACCCUGAACAAGAACGAGAGCGCCGAACUGCGCGUCCUAUACGCCCCCCGGUUGGACGAUUCGGACUGUCCCAGGAGCUGGACGUGGCCGGAGGGCCCAGAGCAGACGCUGCGUUGCGAUGCCCGCGGAAAUCCAGCGCCCUCAGUGCAUUGUGCCCGACCUGACGGCGGGGCCGUGUUGGCACUGGGCCUGCUGGGUCCCAUCACUCGCGCACUCUCGGGCACUUACCGCUGCACCGCAGCCAACAUCCAGGGCGAGGCAGUCAAGGACGUGACGCUGACAGUGGAGUAUGCACCAGCACUGGACAGCAUGGGUUGCCCAGAACGCAUUACAUGGCUGGAAGGAACAGAGGCCUCGCUGAGCUGUGUGGCACACGGGUUCCCGCCACCCAAUGUGAGCUGUGUGCGCUCUGGGGAGGCCGAGGUCAUGGAGGGCCUGCUGCGUGUGGCCCGGGAACACGCGGGUAUCUACCGCUGUGAAGCCACCAAUACUCGAGGCUCUGCGGCCAAAAAUGUGGCCAUCACAGUGGAAUAUGGCCCCAGUUUUGAGGAGCUGAGCUGCCCCAGCAAUUGGACAUGGGUGGAAGGAUCUGGACGGCUGUUUUCUUGUGAGGUUGAUGGGAAGCCACAGCCAAGACUGGAAUGCAUCGGUUCUGGGGGCACCAGUGAAGGGGUGCUGCUGCCGCUGGCAUCCCCAGAACCUAGUCCCAGAGCCCCCAGCAUCCCUAAUGAACUGGCACCUGGUAUCUACACCUGCAACGCCACCAACCGGCAUGGCUCCAUGGUCAAGACAGUGGCUGUUAGCGUGGAGUCGCCACCACAAAUGAAUGAAUCCACCUGCCCAAGCCACCAGACAUGGCUGGAAGGGGAGGCUGCCAAGCUGACCUGCGUCGCUGGAGGUCGCCCCUCCCCACAAGUGCGCUGCUCCAGGGAGGGCGCGCCCCUGUCUCAGCGGCUCCACGUAUCCAGACAGGAUGCGGGCACCUACCGCUGCUUGGCCAUCAACCCGCACGGCACGGACGCCCGGAUGGUCACCGUGGGCGUGGAAUACCGGCCUGUGGUGGCCGAACUGGCCGCGUCGCCUCCAGGAGGCGUGCGGCCAGGCGGGAACUUCACGUUGACUUGUCGCGCAGAGGCCUGGCCCCCCGCCCAGAUCAGCUGGCGUGCGCCCCCAGGAGCGCUCAACUUCGGCCUGUCGAGCAACAACAGCACGCUGAGCGUGGCAGGCGCCCUGGGUAGCCACGGCGGCGAGUACGAAUGCGCAGCCACCAACGCGCAUGGGCGCCACUCGAAGCGCAUCACCGUGCGUGUGGCUGGUCCGUGGCUGUGGGUCGCCGUGGGCGGAGCGGCGGGGGGCGCCGCACUGCUGGCCGUGGGGGCCGGCUUGGCCUUCUAUGUGCAGUCCACCGCCUGCAAGAAGGGCGAGUACAACGUGCAGGAGGCCGAGAGCUCGGGUGAGGCUGUGUGUCUCAACGGCACCGGGGGCGGCUCCGGCGGGGGCGCGGGCCCCGAAGGUGGAACAAAACCUGCGGACACCGGGGAGGCGCCCGCUGGGGGCGAGGUCUUCACCAUACAGCUGACAUCAGCGUGAGCCGUCUCCCCUCUCCCCGCGGGCCGGGGGACGCCCCCCAGACGCACAUGGGGGCUUAUUGUUAUUUAUGUAUGUAUGUAUGUAUGUAUGUAUGUAUGUAUUCAAUUCCAGGAAGUUAUCCCCAUUUUCUACCCCCCACCCAAAAGUUUUUAUAAAGGACACUGGUUCA